CUCCCCUAGCCUACAGCUAGAGAGAAAGGAAGAAAUAGAAAUUCAUAGCCCCAAAAGGCUCGGCUUUUUCAACAAACAGCUGGUGUUCGCUUUCCGAGAGAUUGCAGAGAGAGAUACUUGAUGUGCACGCCAUUGUAGCGAGCGAGCUUCACAGAGAAACGACGCCGGGAAAGCGAAAUGCUGGACUACGAAUGGGGCAACCCGGGCGCGAUGAUGCUCUCGGGCGAGGAAGAGCCCGCUCCGGACCCGGACCAGACACGGCAAAUCUUCGACCCUUACACCCAAACCUUCAACAACAGCGGCUUCAACCCUCAACCGACGACGGCCGCUUUCUCUCACUUCAACGCCGCGCCUCAACAAACCCAUUCCCAGCUCCACCACUCGCUGUUCGACCCACGCGCCUACGCACCACCCAGCGCGUCGUCGUUCCAUCCCACCCAACUGCUCUCCCUCGACCACCCCGUUAACGGCGGCGCCGGAAGCGGAGGCGGGUACCUGUUGGUUCCGAAGAGCGAAGAGGCGGUGUCUCGGCCCGUGGACUUUGUGUCCCGGCUCGGGCUUAACCUAGGAGGACGGACGUACUUCUCUUCGGCCGAGGACGAGUUCGUGAACCGGCUUUAUCGGCGGACCAGGCCGGCCGAGCCGGGCUCGGCGAACUCACCCAGGUGCCAGGCCGAGGGGUGCAACGCUGACCUCACCCACGCCAAGCACUACCACCGGCGCCACAAGGUCUGCGAGUUUCACUCCAAAGCCUCCACCGUCAUCGCCGCCGGGUUGACUCAGCGAUUCUGCCAGCAGUGCAGCAGAUUCCAUCUUCUCUCGGAGUUCGAUAACGGGAAACGCAGCUGCCGGAAGAGAUUGGCCGACCACAAUCGCCGCCGGCGAAAGACCCACCAACAAAAUCAAGAACACCUGAAAUCCCAGCCUGACAAUGCCCGCAAUUCCUCCUCUGAAAGGUCUCCGCCGGACUCCGGAGCUCACUCAACAUCGUCGGUGACGGUGGCGGUGUCGCCGCCGCGAAUGUCAUUGGACUGCUUUAGGCAGCGACCUUUUCAAGGCGGAACGGCUUCUUCCGCAUCAUCAAGUUCACUCUUUUUCCCAAGCGGUUAACAUUUUCCUGAAACUGCCAAUUUACGUGCUGUUGUAGAAAUGGAGGACGAAUUAAUAUUGAGCAAUAACAAAGCUUUUAAUUUUUCUUUCUGGGUU